AUCCCCUGCCCUACUACUACAGUCAAUCAGUCAGUCAGUCCAAUCUCUUUCGCUAAAAACCCUAAACCAAACCCUCGAAUCUCCCCAUCCACCAAUACCGAUCCAAUUAUGACUCUCCUCCGCCAGCUUAAUUAUUCAUCAUCAUCAUCUUCGCCGAAAUCUUCACUCGCUGAGCCGCCGGAGCCGGUCGUCAGAGAGGCAGACCUCGUGGUAAUCCUCGCCGCUCUUCUCUGCGCUGUGAUAUCAGUUGCCGGCCUAAUUGCAGUAGUUCGCUGCGCGUGGCUACGCCAUGGCGCCUCCGGAGGAGGUCGCCGUCCAUCCGCCUCGCCGAACAAGGGACUAAAGAAGAAGAUUGUUCAAUCCUUGCCGAAGUUCACCUACGAUAGGGAAUCCAGCAACGAGAGGAUGUGCGCGAACACGGAGUGCGCUGUGUGCCUGUCCGAGUACGUCGAUGGCGACGAGAUCCGCGUGUUGCCGCAGUGCGGCCAUGGAUUUCACGUCGCCUGCAUUGAUACGUGGCUCGGUUCUCACUCUUCUUGUCCUUCUUGCCGCCAGGUCCUUGUAGUCACGAGGUGCCGGAAGUGCGGCGAUAGAAGAUGAUAGCCGCAUCUGUUUGUUUGGCAGUUCCCAUUGCCG